CUUUCGAAGGUUUUUUUUUAAAAAAAAAGCAAUAACCUGAGUUGGUCUACUUUUUCCAAUUAUUGCCGAAACAGAAGAGCUUCGUCCAGAAUUGGUGACAAUAUCCGAAUUCCGAUAGACUUACAUCAGUUUUUCAUCACAUUGUAAAACCUUUAUACGUCACCCAAUGUUUGAGUACUAGCACCAUGAGGAAGAGAACUCCACAACAUCUGGCAAUUACCAAGCCACAAGCAUCGAAAAGCAGUAUGCAAAGCCCAGUCUCUUCAAUCUUAACUCCAAGAACUCGAUCACCAUCCCCAGCCAGCAGGCCUCAUACUCCAAAUUUGUACAAUUCUCGAAAUGCUGGUGCGCAGCAACUUGACAUCAGUGACAGAAGUGAAAGCGAACCUGCCAUUACAUACGUUACUGGAAAGAAUGCAGUAAAUAAAAGCCCAGGGGUCCGAUACAUCACUGAGGACUUGAUCAAAAAGCAGUCAAAGCAAGAACAAUUUAGUUCCGUGCAGUGUCUCAACCUUUGCCUGUCCAAGGAAGUGGGGAAAAAGUUUAAGUUUAUAGAAAACUUGGAAAAAUGCGAGCAGUUACUGGUCUUGAACUUGAACAAUAAUUUGAUUGAGAAAAUAGAAAAACUGGACAAACAGUUUAAACUGCGCGAACUUAGUCUUUCAUUCAACCAAAUUCGUAAAAUUGAAGGUCUGGAGCACAUGGUGAACCUUCAGAAUCUGAAGCUGGCUGGAAAUUAUAUUGAACAAAUUCCAGUUUGGGUUGGAAAGAAGUUGCGAUCCCUUCGCAUCCUCAACCUCAAACAGAACAAUAUUACAUCGCUCCAGGAUGUAACUAAACUGAAACCUCUGAAAGAGUUGAUGUCGCUAACUCUGGCAGAUAAUCCCGUUGCUCGCCUUCCACAUUAUCGGUUGUAUGUCAUAUACCAUUUACGUACGUUGAAUUGCUUGGAUGGACAGCCAGUAACUAUCCAGGAGAGGCAAGAGGCUCAUGAACGAUUUAAUUUGGAAGAACUAGAGAAACUUGAGAAGGAUCUCAGAAGGAAGAUGAAAGAGAUUGAGCAGAUGGAGGAGGAGCAAUCUAAGGCAAUAGAGAACAUUAGAAAGCAAGAACAAUUGAACAAAUCACUUAAACAAGAACAAGAACAACAGAAGAACAACUGCAAAAAACUGGAGAGAGAGGUGGAGACCAAGAAUGAACUGCUGAAGCAGAAGACAGCAGAGUUAACACGGGCCUGUCAUAAGCAGUAUCAGCUGGAACAGGAAUUAGCAUUUUACAAGAUUGAUGCCAAGUUUGAACCACUACAUCACUUUCCAGAUGCGAAUUUUAAAUUAGAAGAAAUCCUUAAUGAGAGCCCAUACAUUGGGAAGGCUAGAUACAAGAGAAACCUCUACAUUCAAGAGGAACAUAUCGCUGAUCCAGUGCAGCAUGGAAAAGUUGGAAAAAUUGAGUUUGAUGAGGAUGAUCAGGGAAAAAAUGACGAAAUGAGUGCAAAACCUCAUCAAGCACUGGAUGUACAGCUGGAAGAUAAAGAAAAGAAAAUUCAGGAAGCUGAAGAGUCAUUACGGCAAUUACAGAGUGAAAAAGAAAGGAUGCAACAACAAGUUUUGAGAACAGUUGAAGAGCUGAAAAGUCUAGAGGAGUUGGUAGCACAAAAGCGGAUUUCAGAAGUUGAGAAGGAUCAACUCCUCCAGCAAUUGGCACAGAAGAUCCAGCUGAUUAACGAAUUGCGUCAGGAGACCGAGAAAGUGGGGCAGCAGAUGGAAAAACAGUGGAAGGAAAUGGAGAAAAAACAGCAUGAGAUUGAUGAUCUGGGAAAGGUCCUGGAGUCUCUUGAUCCCAAAGACCCUCGACACGUACAUUUGAAAGCUCAAAUGAUCAGUAAAGCCCAACAACUUGACAUGAUGUCCAAGCAAUACAAGCAGUUGGAGAAGCGUCUGGAAGGAAUGCUGUCUAGAAUUGCUAAGGAAACAGAGGAUAUCAAGGAUCUGGAAGAACAGUUGACAGAAGGCCAGAUAGCAGUUAAUGAAGCACUGAAGCGGGACCUGGAGGGUAUUAUUGCUGGGCUGCAGGAGUAUUUGGAGAGCGUGAAAGGGCAGGCAAAACAAGCCCGGGAGGAAUGUACAGAGCUGCAGAAGGAAAAGGAGGCACUGUUACAUCGAUUGGCUGAGCUGGAACAACAGAAGAAUCAGCUCGAAGUUGUUGCCAUGGAUGCGGAGCACUUGAGAAAGGAGAUGUCUGACCUGGAACAUUCUUUACAAGAGCAACAGGAAUUAAAUGAAUCCCUGCGUCAAGCUCAGGGUGACCUCAGUGAGUAUGAAGCUGAAUUAGAAUCUCAACUGCAAGCAAGGGAUAUUGAAGCAAACCAACUUAGAGAAGAACUGGAGCGACUCCAGAAGCUUAGUCAAAUGGAACAAUCUGCCCUGCAGGCUGAGCUGGAAAAAGAAAGACAAGCACUAGAGAAUGCCAUAGCACAGGCUCAAAUAGUGGCUGAAAAAGAGCAUGAAAACAAGAAGUUAGUUGCACAGCUAAAAGGUCUUAAGACUGAUAACUGUAUGUUGAAGGAACAGCUUCAGGAGCUGCAGGCACAUAUGAAUCAGGCAAUGAAGACCAUGAUUCAUCCAGAGGAGGUGGCCGCUCGUGUCUCUGAAUUCAGGAAAAAACUGGAUUCUGGUAUUCGAGAAAUCAGGCCUUAUAACCAAGGAGACACUUUGGGAAAGAAUCUUGCCGGAUUGCAGAAGCAGUUGAAUGAAAUUUUGGGCCGCUCACAACAGGAAAAAGAAGAAGCAUUACAGCAUCGGAGGAAAUUAGAACAGGAAAUGAUGGCAUUACAGGUUAAACUGAAAAAUACUGAGGAGAAUUACAAAACUGCUUGUGAAAAGGCGGCAGAGACAUUGAUGAAAUCUGAAAAAGGAGUCAAUGAAGCUAAGGCACAGGAGUUGAAGAAUGAAAUAUUGCGGCUCCAGGAGCAACUGGCAAACAUGCAAGAGUUACAGGCACUGACUGAUGAACAGCUCCAGGAGGCUGAUGCAGAUAGAGAUAAACUUUUAACAGAACUUGAAGAUAAAGAAAAUAAGAGUAAAAUGGAGGAUCGAAAAGUGCAUUUAAAGUUGCGUGGCCUUGAGAAAGACGUGAAAGACUUGAAGGCAACAAUGGCUGCUUCCGAGAAGAUGGCUGCUAAUGAACUCUCCACUGCUAAAGACAAUCUGAAGGUUCUUCAGCGAACUGUUCAAAAACUUAACCAUGAAAGAACAGAGGAAAUGAGUUUAGCGGAAAAAUUCCGGGCUGACGCAACUCGGGCAGCUCGAGACCUUGCCAAGGCAGAAGCUGAAAUCGAUAUGCUACAAAACCUGUUAAAGGAAAAAGAAAGCCAGAUUCUGGAUGGAAUUCAAACAUUUGAUUGUGGAGCAAAUACCAUAAAUGGCCAACAGCUGGAAAUUGAUAGACUAAACCGAGCUCUAAAUCAACAAAGGGCAGAGCUGAAACACCUCCAAGAUCAUCUGGAACAAACCAGAGAAGAUAACAUAAGUGAGAUGGAAGAUUUGAUUAAUGAAAUCACUGCUCUCAGAAAUGUCCUUGGCAAUCAGAGUGACUACAUUACCAGUAUGACUGAUCCAUUUAAGAGAAGAGGAUACUGGUACUUUGUGCCAUCUUCGCCAAAACCACCAAGCCUGCUGUCUCAAAAUAACCACACAAAAGACUCUGGAUUCAGCUCCCAGUGUCAAGUUCCACCAUCAAUUCCUAAAAGAGGACACAAAGUGGAAUAUACACCACCAGUUCCUCGAGGCCACUGGGUUUACUCACCAAUCAGACGUUCGUCACACAAGACUCGUACCCAAACAGGAGAUAGUGAAGAUAGUGGGACUGAGAGUGAUGAUAGUGGCAUGCCCAGGCAACCAUUUACAGCUCCACCAAGCUCAGUUAUUUAUACCAUGUACCCUGAUGGUACCCCUGUGCCACAAGGUACCGUGGUAUAUGGACCGCCUCCAACAGCACCAGCCAAUGUUGGACCUGAUUCUUCGAGCACAAUUAUCUAUGGACCGCCACCACCUGGAGCACAAGUUGUUUAUGGACCUCCUCCUGCCAACUUUACUGUCCCUCUUAUUCCUGCUGGUGUUCUGCACUGCAAUGUACUGGAGCACCAUGACCUGGAGAAUGAAGUCAGUAGAUUAGAAGACAUUAUAGCACAUUUGAGGUCCCAUAAAUGUGAAGAUCAGACUACAACUCCAUCCACAGAUAGGUAUCAUGAGCAAAUAGAACAACUUCGCCACAGCAUCCAUGAAAUUUUGCAUGGGAGAGAAGAAUUGGAGCAUGAAGUUGAGGAAUUGCACAAGGCAUCCCAUAAGCACAGCAACCAAAAAGGCUUUUUAGAUGGUCAUAUAGAUCUGCUCAUGAAUGAACUUGACAUGGAAAAAUCCCUCAAGAGACAUGAUGACGUUGUUGAUGAAAUUGAAUGCUUGGAGAUAACCCUUGUGAAACGGAGGGCAGAGCUGCGCGAAGCAGACAGAUUAUUGAUGGAGGCUGAAGCAGAUCUCAAAAGUACAAGGGAAAAGACAAAAGAAACUGUUCAGUGGUAUGAUGAUGCCAGAAAACACUUGGUAGACACUGAAAAAGAUGCAGAAGAGUUGGAACAAAGAGCAAAGGAGACGGCAGUUAAAUUAGUUGAGGCUGACCAGCAACUCAGACUAAUGAAGACUGACUUGAAAGACCUAGAGCAACACAAGGCAGAACAGGAGAGUAUUCUGAAAGAAAUUAGCAAAGAGGUAUCUACAAGGGAUUCAGAAUUCCAGGCACUCACCCAGAAAAAGGAAAACAUGACUGACAGCCUAGAAAAACUACAAACAGAGAUCCAGUUGGCGGAAACUAAAGAAAAACAGCACCUGGAAACACUGAGGGAAGCAACAACAUUGUUACAUGACAAAAAGAGUGAAUUGGAAAGUCUAAAUAUUAAGGUUGAGGUACUGCAGAAAGAAUUAAUGAUGUUGGACAGGUGUUCAGGCAAAAAGAAAGAGGAGCUUCACUUUUUUCAGAAUGAUAUUGAAGAGAAAAAAGCAAGCCUAACGGAAGUUCUUGGUGAUGUUGAGGCAGAGGUGGUUGAUAAGCAGCGCCAAAUUCGGGAGCUGAAGACCUUGCUUGAAGAGAUGAGUGCACAAAAAGGAGAACUAAAUGCUCAGAUCAGUGAGAAAAAUUCACAACUUUUCUUGUCAAAACAAGAAGUGAUGAAUGAGGAAGUAAGGCUUCAGAGCAUGCGAGCACAGAUAAUCAAGCAAAAAACAGAGCUGAAACAUGUUCUGGAAAUGGUGCAGUUAGAAAAUGAUGAACUCUUGGAAUUGAAGCAGCACCAGGAGGUGAAAAUGAAGGAAUUGGAGAGGACACAAGCUGUGCUACGGGAGGGGAAGAGUGAACUAGAAAACCUGCAACUUACCUCCCAGUGUCAACGAGCUGAAAUUGAUCACCAGAAGCAGCUUAUUGAGAAGGAUCGGCAAGAUGUAGACCAGCUGAACACCAAGAUAAAUUCCCUUCAGCAUAAUAUUGAAUCUCUGGAGAGAGAGAAAAGCCACAUCAAGGGGAAUUGCCUUGUAUUGGAGAACAAACUUUCUCAGGCAAAAAAAGCCUUUGAAGCAACUGAAGACAAUAAUAGAAAUGCUGUGUCUAAACUGCAAAAACUACAGACUGAGAUAGGUGAACUGAAUCAGGGAAUCAAUCAAGUCAACAUCCAGAAGGAAGAGCUAAGUAGGAAGAUAGUAGACAUGGAAACCCGUCUGCAAGAGAAAAGGGCAGAGCUGGAAAUGGUGACGGAUAACCUCAGAAGUACCAAAGAACAGUUGCAGUUAGCAGAUCAGGAUCUUAAGAAUAUAACUAAAAAGUGUGAUGCGUUAAAAACAGAACAGCUGAUGCUCAAAGAAAAUAUAAAUCAAAGUGCAUGUAAAUAUCAAGCCUGCCUGGAGAAAGAAAAAAGAAAAGAACAAGAGUUAUUCAUGCUUCAGCAACAGGUUGAAGAAAAGCAAAACGAGCUUGCAGAGCAGCAAAGGCUGUUACAGCUUAUUGAGAAGGAUAUUCAGUGUGAGGGAGUAAAAUUGGAGCAAUCUGCAUCUAAGGUAAAGGCCCACCUCCAAGCUUUGGAAGCUGAGCUAUCGGAUAAGAGAGAUAAAUUUGAACAGGCUGUUGCAAAAGCAAACUUGAUGGAGGAACGAUCAAGAAAACUGCAACAUACCGAGGAACAAUGUAUUAUGUUGGAGGACCAGAUUGCUACUCUGAGACGCCAGCUCUCCAACCGAGAGCAAAAGCAGCAAGAAAUGAUGAAUGAGCUUGCAUUUUGUCAUAAAGAGGUUGAGUUCUCAAAAAUAAAUUUAACACACCUUCAGGAGCUGAUUCAUUCAGAGAGGAAAAAGGCAGAGAAGCAAUUUGCUGCCAUCAAAGAAGAGUCCAAAGUUCAGCGAGUUCAGCUGGAGAAGAUCCUUAAUGAACAAAAAUGUGAAAACAGCAGACUGCAGAAGGAGUUAUCUUCAAUAGAUCAGGCUGCACAUGAGAACCACGAACGUGCCAAACGUGUCAUGACUGAGUUAAAUGAGAUGAGACAGGAAUAUUUUGAACUCAAGCAACAGCUGAGAACUCAGGAACAAAUGGAACAACAACAGAAGGAGAUAAAGGAAGCCAUAAGAACCCUUCGAUCAGAUGUGAAAGCAGAAAUUAGCAGUAGUUUGAAAGAUCUAGAUCAGUCAUGUGUGGCACCGAAAAAUGACCUGGAUAUAACUUGGGAAGAGGAGAUCACUGUUCAAAGUGAAGUGGAAAGCUUAAAGGAAAAUUUUCCCUUAGCCACCAAUGAAGGAACUCACGAUGAGAGGUUAAGACUGACCAAAUUCAAUUUUAAGGAUGAACAGUUGCGAGGAGAGGUGCUGAGAGAAAAUCUACGACAACAAGAAGAUUAUCUCAAGGCACAGAUUCGUCAGUGCAUGUCAAGGCAAGCUGAAACAUUAUGUAAACGAAAGCAGCAGACAGAGGGCAAUUUGACCAGCCUUAAAAGACGUGUGGAUGCACUGGAUGAACUUGUCGCCUGUACCAAUGUAGACUCAUUUCACCAGCAUCAGUCUUCGUUAAACCAUGGCCAGAGCAAGUCUCCUCUCCAUGGAAUACUCCACUCACCUUCCAGAAGACCAGCUGAAAGAUCUCUUCGACCAAAGAGUGCCCAUUUGCUUGUUACAGAAGCACAUAUUUCUGAAAAAGAUGCAGAAGAAAGUUGGUAAUUUUCCUGAGCUCCUUGACGUGUAAUGAAGUGGAUUCAAAUGAUGCAGAUAUUACAUCAAAAGUAUGCCCAAGAAGCCUGUCCUACCUCAGUCAUAUUAGAUCAUCAGUCUCCCUAUGAGUCUUCCUAUAGCUGUGCUGCUGGGAGUAUAUAAUCUUGAUUGUACUGUUUUCCCCUUGCAGUUAGCACAGUUGUUGCAUAAAACUAGAAUGUUACGCAUGUUCAACAGCUCAAUUUAGGUGUUCUGGGAAAUCUAUUAUAUACCUCAACUGUGUUUUUAGCUCUGAUAAUUUUAUUUUUUUAAUCAAUAUUUCUUUUGUAAUUAACACUUCUGUGCUGUGAUUGCACAGUAAAUGUGUAUAUUGUAUUUAUAUAAGUAUGGCAUAUGUACAUUUUGUAAAUUUUGUAUGGUUUUGCAGUAAUAAAAAUUAUCUGAAAUGUU